AUGCCUGUCUAUCACAUUGUCUUGUUCAAGCUCAAGUCCGGAGUAGAUAAGGAGCAACUCGACAAUUUCGCGGCCACGGCAAGAUCGAUGGUUGGCAAGAUACCUGGUCUUCUGGAUUUCCAGGUGGGGCCUGGGCUUGCGGUGACCGCCCACAGAGCUAAGGGCUACGACAUGGGUCUCGUCGCUACCUUGGAAAAGGUCGAAGAUGUCACCUCCUACGGCUUGCACCCUGCACACCAAGAGACGCACAGACUCAGAGAAGACUUAUGCGAUGAGACUCUGGCAUUCGAUUUCGAGUUCUCAGGAUAG